GCAGGGCGGGGGGUGUGUGCACGCUCGAGCUUUCGGGCCACAGCCACCGCCGCGCGAGCUAGAAGCGCCCUAGCCCGGCAAGCUGGCUCACCCGCUGGCCACCCAGCACAGCCCGCUGGCCCCUCUCCUGCAGCCCAUCUGGCGGAGCGGCGGCGGCGGCGGCGGAGGCAGGAGGAUGGCUUCAGAACUGGCAAUGAACAAUUCCGACCUGCCCACCAGUCCCCUGGCCAUGGAAUAUGUUAAUGACUUCGAUCUGAUGAAGUUUGAAGUGAAAAAGGAACCGGUGGAGACCGACCGCAUCAUCAGCCAGUGCGGCCGUCUCAUCGCCGGGGGCUCGCUGUCCUCCACCCCCAUGAGCACGCCCUGCAGCUCGGUGCCCCCGUCCCCCAGCUUCUCGGCGCCCAGCCCGGGCUCGGGCAGCGAACAGAAGGCGCACCUGGAAGACUACUACUGGAUGACCGGCUACCCGCAGCAGCUCAACCCCGAGGCGCUGGGCUUCAGCCCGGAGGACGCGGUCGAGGCGCUCAUCAGCAACAGCCACCAGCUCCAGGGUGGCUUCGAUGGCUACGCGCGGGGAGCACAGCAGCUGGCCGCAGCGGCGGGGGCCGGCGGGGCGGGGGGCGCCCUGCACCCGCACCAUGCCGCGGGAGGCCUGCACUUCGACGACCGCUUCUCGGACGAGCAGUUGGUGACCAUGUCGGUGCGCGAGCUGAACCGGCAGCUGCGCGGGGUCAGCAAGGAGGAGGUGAUCCGACUGAAGCAGAAGAGGCGGACCCUGAAAAACCGCGGCUAUGCCCAGUCCUGCCGCUUCAAGAGGGUGCAGCAGAGACACGUCCUGGAGUCGGAGAAGAACCAGCUGCUGCAGCAGGUCGACCACCUCAAGCAGGAGAUCUCCAGGCUGGUGCGCGAAAGGGACGCCUACAAGGAGAAAUACGAGAAGUUGGUGAGCAGCGGGUUCCGAGAAAACGGCUCCAGCAGCGACAACCCGUCCUCUCCCGAAUUUUUCAUGUACCCAAGGGACUCUUCUACAUCUGUGAUGUGAGCAGAGCAGUUGGCCGGAAUCAAACAGAGAAGACAUUCUGCUUAUUCGCCCCUUGUUGCGUGCACACAAGCAAGGUUUUAUUUUCUGAAAUUGGAAACUAUUUUUUAACAAAGGUACCUUGGACAAACUUGCACCCAGGAUGUCAGUGCAUGUGACAAGCAUCUUGGAUCCUGAAGCACCUCAGCAGGGGGUUGUCUGGAGCUCGCCCUUUCAAAGAAGAAGAAAAUAUACAGAAGGGGCCCUCAAUGAGUACCCUGGCAUGCAUGGAGAUGGAGCAUCAUGAUGUAGGACAUUACUUUCUUAAGCAGACACUGUGUGACUUAACUAAGACAUCUCACUUGGAACUGCUUUAGCUACACAGAGUAUGAGGAUUUUUAAAAUGCAUCCUUCAAGAACAAUUGAUAUUUAACAUUUGUUAUGGCCACCUGGAGGCCAUACCUGUUUGUCGAAGUUAGAAUAACCAUCCGUGCACUCAAAUAUCCCACCCAGCCAUUUGCAGACUUGAAGGAUGUGAUGAGAAGCAACUGGGGAACAGGAGUCUCCCGGGAGCCAGAACCUAUGUCAUCUUCAGUUCUUGAAACAAGUACAGCAGCAGAUACUUUAAUCCACUAUAAGGAAGUGGCGGGUACUAGGCACGAAGCAAUUUAGGCGCUCUGUGACCAUUUAGUAUAAUCUUGCUAAGGUACCUACCAUGCCACUUCCUCCCUUGUCAGUCUGUCCCCAGCCUUCCUGGGUCACACACUCCAGCUUUUAGCCUCAAUUUGUACUGUAAGAGCCCAAGUGCCCUCUCCUUGGCCUCUUUUCCUGAGCAGGGUUGAGUGUGGUUCAGAUGAAAAGACACGUUAACGUGAUUAGUAUCUGGGGGUCCAGAGCCAUGGCUUCUCGUGGUCUUGACCCCCAAGGACCCUUGUUGGUCUCCAAACAAGUGAUUCUGUACUUCGAUUUUGGUAGGCAGUAGUAAAAGGCUUUUCCACUCAAAAGCUCAUGAUUGUCAUCCCUGCCGCAGUUUAAAAAGUAACUGAUGACGCAUCUCCUUAAAACUCCAUAAUGUGUAAAGAGUCACUCAGGAAAUUGCUGGACACUGAAGAUAAAUCGGGGUUGGUAAAUCACUCCAAUGGAAGCCCUGUUGAAUUAAAGUUGUCAGCGAAAUCGGUACUGGUACUAAAAAGAAUACAAUUGCCUCAUCUUGAAGAUGGGAAUUGUCCCUCAAAAGGGAGCAUAAAGGAUUAAAUAUGGUAAUAUAUGUAAAGCACUUGGAUUAAAUAUGUUAAUGUAUGUAAAACACCUGCACUGGGUAAACACCCCCACCAUGUUCAGCCAUGGACAAUGUUACAUGGGAUGGAAUUCUGACCUUGACACUUAACAAGCCUUGGUUUACAUUAGAAUGACUUUGGGAUUAGAGUAUUGCACUCCCCCACCCCCAGCCCUUUGCUUUACAAUAAACAUUUUCAAAAUCAGUACACUGAGGUUGGUAUAGAACAAUAGCUUAUGGCUAUUCCUUUAUUAAAAAUCCCAUCACCCCUAAAAAAAUAAAGUAAAAUCAUUGUGCUUUGGGGAGCUCUCUGCUCAAAUAAUUUAGGAAAAUUGUGUGUUAAACAUUUAAUAUUGCUGUCAUCCAUCUCAGAGCUUUUAUAUGCUAAUAUGUAUGCCCUGUAUACAUAUUAUACUAACACAGAUGGCAUGCAGUAUUUUCCAAACUUGUGUGAACAUGGACCCUGGUUUUUAAACAACCAUUUCAUGUAACAAGCAUUGUGCCAGGCAAUUUUGAAAAAAAAAAAAUGAUGAUUGCCUAAAGUAUUAAAGUCCUGACAUUUCUUUCAUUUA